UAUAGGAAGUCAAUGUAGAGCAACACUAGAACGAUUACAAGCAAAAGGGGAGCGUGAUGUCCAGGAGUUAUCCCUCCGAAUCUCCACACCUCAACUUAGAGAGAAAGUUCAAUACCCAUCACAAAAGGACGUGGACUACGCAGACAGACCCACUGCUCAUUUACUAUCGAAUGUAACAACAUCUUCUUGGACCGUAUUUUUUUCUUACCGUUUUAUAGAAAUAUAUAACGUGGAUUUCGGUUUUGUUUAUUUUCCUGACCAUUUCAACUCUUAAAUUCGUUUGACUUUUAGGUGUACAUGUGCCUCUGUUUGUGUUCUCUUAUCAUUUUCAUUUAGUUUUGAAUAGUAUGGAGGAUACAACCAGCGUCCAAAUGUUGUUAUGAAGACUUAAAUCACCAUCUCUUUUGCUUUUCUUACUAUGGAAUCCUCCAGCGGCUCGAACUUUGGAAUAGACACUAUUUUAUCCAACGCUACUAAUUCUGUUAACCCUGCGCUGAUGAACGGAGAUUUCCGCCUCGGUGACAGCAGGACAGCGGAUUUCAGUCGGAGCCAGGUCACCCCGUCCCCGUCAUGUUCGGACAUAGAUACGGUGGGAACGGCCCCCUCUUCCCCCAUCUCCGUCACCAUGGAGCACGCCGAGCCGCAUCUGCUCCAAGACAGCUUACCGCACCACCACCACCACCACCUGCAGCCAGGGAGUUUGCAGCUAUCGCCCCAGCCACAGCAGCUAGGGGCUGGAGCCGGCUGUGCCCCCAGGACUGCCACCUCUUCGUUUUUAAUCAAAGACAUUUUAGGCGACAGCAAACCCCUGGCAGCGUGCGCACCUUACAGCACCAGCGUACCGUCACCCCAUCACACCCCCAAACCAGAGAGUGCCAGGGACAGUGGGGACGGCUUCAGGACCAAGUUGGAACAAGAUGAAAACAGGAGUAAGUUGGACAAAAGAGAGGAUAUGGAAAUGAAAUGCAACGGAACAAAAGAAGAGAAUGAACGGGAAAUUUCAAGUAGCAGAGAUAGUCCUCAAUCACGGUCAAAAAAACCUCGCAAAGCACGGACGGCCUUUUCAGACCAUCAACUCAACCAGUUGGAGCGAAGCUUCGAGCGCCAAAAAUACCUCAGCGUGCAGGAUCGUAUGGACCUCGCGGCAGCACUCAACCUGACCGACACACAGGUGAAAACCUGGUACCAAAACCGACGGACGAAGUGGAAAAGACAGACAGCGGUCGGAUUAGAGCUACUGGCUGAAGCCGGAAAUUAUUCCGCCUUACAAAGAAUGUUCCCGUCGCCCUAUUUCUACCACCCGAGCUUGUUGGGCACAAUGGACAGCACGACAGCAGCCGCCGCAGCCGCAGCAAUGUACAGCAGUAUGUACCGGACUCCGCAGCAACCACAUCCCGGUCUCCAGAGACCCCUUGUCCCGAGAGUACUCAUCCAUGGCCUUGGGCCGGGGGGCCAACCGGCAUUGAACCCGCUGGGUAACCCCAUGCCCGGCACGCAGCAUCAGCGGUAGAAACAAGACGAUUCCUAUCACAAAAACUGUUUUAACCACAUGUGAUGUGAGUAACUGCGCAGAACGAUGAACAAUACUUUUGAAAAAGACAAUAUAUGAAAGACAAUUUUACAGAAGGAGAAGGAGGUAAUAUUUAAUGACUGAGAGCCAGUUCUGACGUAACCACGAUCUGUCUGCAGCAUCGAGUCGAGGCCAUAACAGAAAAAGGACUGUUCAUAUGUCUGAUUGUUUGUUUGUUUUUUGUACAAAUACACUUAUACUAGCAAAUAAACUUAUAAAGUUUAUUAGAUGGAGAAAAGGGUUGAAUAAAGACGGAAUGAUACUAACAUUAAUCUUCUCGGAUACUUCUAUUGGGUAAGACGUCGGGGGCUGCCAGCCUGAACUUGGAACUGCAUUGUCAUCCAAACAUUCAAAAAGCCAUUUGGCAUUAAAAUGUCUGCAGGCUAAAAGCGUAUGGUGUUAAUAUGAGAUAGGCCUAAAAAGACAAAGUGUGUUUAUAUUUUGAUAACGUACAGUCAAUUAUGUUAUCAAUGAGCCAAAACGAUAACUCCUAAAAUAACCUCUGUAGCAUGAAUUAUAAUGAUAAUAUUUUUUAUUCAUUUUACAUAAUGAACAUACAGGAUUUCGUUUUUUAUCCGUAGCCUAAUCUUCAUCUUGAAUCCCCGGAUUUAAAUGUUUACCAUUUAUUUCCUAACCAUAUAUUUCCUAUAUAUUUAAAGCACCUACAGAUUCAAAGUUAGGACUACAUUUUUAUUAAAUCGAACAUGAGGCUAUAUGGGACUUUCUUUAGGCUACUUUUCACUUUAUCUUGUGACCGCAUUCAUAUGGCGAGAACUGUACCCUUGUAGCCUAAAUGCAUAUGCAGCAGGCAGCUAGCUCUCCCUCUCUCUAUGAUGGUGAGAAUGAAUGGUUUGAUUAGCUGUGAUGCUGGGUUGCUACCCUGGGAAUCGGGAAGGUGGUCCUCCCGCAGCAGCUGUUCUAUGGGAGCACAAUGCUCGAGACAAGCGCUCCGGACAGACAGCAAGCGCAAGGGUUCUCAGCGUGAGCGAUCAAAAAGUCCACUGACACUAAAACAAAAAAACAAAUAAAUUAAACAACACUAAACAUUUUCCGUUGUUCGUUGUCCUUAUUUUGGACAGCAAUAUCCGUUGACUUUACUGUGAAAACGGAACAUUUUAAUACAUUUUCUUGAAGAAAAAAAGAACAUUUAGCCUACCUAAAACAGAUUCAGAUAUAUGCUCAUGCCUAGUAAGCGAAAACAUUUGACUUAUUAGAGCCAGGGAGGGCAGUGAUUUAUGAGAUAUAAACAAACCAGUAUUAGAGCUACUGCGCAAAAUAUCAAAGCCUAACUUUUUUCCUUAGUUUACUGCAGAGGGUAAAAUCAGGGUCACACAGUGUUUCUUGGUAGUUUAAAACAAAUCUACUUUGAAGCAAAAGUAUA